AUGAGUAAAACAAUGGUAGAGGUGGAGCACAUUAUUCGAAAAAUGGUUUUCGAGAGCCUUGGAGUAGAAAAAUACUAUGAUUCAAGUAUUGAAGAAAGCCAGAACAUCAUGCGCGUCAUGAAAUACCAAGCACCUCCAAGCAAGGAACCAGCCAUCGGUCUACACACCCAUACUGAUAUCGGCAUACUAACUGAGGGCAGUUGGCUGAAAGUGUUGCCGCAAAAAGGUGCACUCACCAUUUUCGUGGGAGAUGCGUUAAGGCCCUUAAGGGCCUGGAGCAACGGUAGAGUAUACGCGGCAAAACAUAGGGUGAUGAUGAGUGGAGAGAAAGAUAGAUACAGUUAUGGCUUGUUUGCAUCACCAAAAGAAGAAGCCGUGAUUCUAGCCCCGCGAGAAUUGGUAGAUAAAGAACAUCGUCUACUCUUUCGACCCUUCACCCAUGCAGACUUCACCCUUCACCCAUGCAGACUUCAUUCGCUUCUACUUUCCCAACAUUCAUGA